CAAAAAAUUGGUUUUUUUAACUAUGAAAGAAAUUUUUUUUUUCUUUUUUUUUUUUUAAUUUUUAAAAAGCAUAUUCUUUCACAGAAGCUAUUUGCAUCUGCAUCAGGGUCUCGUCCUUUUCGUCAAAAAUCCUCCACAGUUUCUACACAAUUGGUUAAUGCUUUAAGAUUCUUCUGAUCUCCUUUAUCUUUUUCACUACUCUCCUUCACUGAUUUAAUUUCACCCAAAUUAGGUUAAACCCACUAAUUAAUUUUGCCAACAAACUCAAUCUUUCAUACUUUCGAUCGCACAAUAUGGAUCUGUGUUCCGUUCGGGUCAAAUUCAAUAACCCAUCUGCCAUUCUUGCUCGAAAUUCAUUCUUGGAGAAAUCUGGUUUUGGUUCCUUCAAUUUAUCUCGGAAUUCACAGUUUCUAGUGGAAGAUUUUGAGAUCAGGGUAUCCAAGCGCAAGAAUUCUAAUUCUUAUGUUAAUGGGUAUCAGUGUAAUAAGAAUUCCUUCAUUAUUAAAGCUAUGGCCAAGAAGAAUCCUGAUAACUUUUCAUCUUCUCCAGGGAAUGGUGGCCAUUCAAACUCAGGGGGCAAUGGUCCUAAAAGAAAUAACUCUUCUGAUGGGAAGAAAUCUAACGACAAUGCGAGUCAAAAGCCUCAUCAUGUAACCCGGGACUGGAGAGAAUUCCGAGCAACCCUUUUCGCUCGUGAGCAGGUAGAAUCUAUCAAUUCCAACAAUCAUGAUCAGGACGGGUCACAAAUGGAAUCAAAACCACUAGGGGUGAAAUGGGCUCAUCCGAUUUCAUUGCCAGAGGCAGGCUCCGUUCUUGUUGCUACUGAAAAGCUAGAUGGUGUCCGUACUUUUGAGAGAACUGUGGUUCUCCUACUUAGAACUGGGACUAGACAUCCUGAACAGGGCCCUUUCGGAGUGAUAUUAAACCGACCUCAUCACAAAAAGAUCAAGCAGAUGAAGCCCCAUAAUCUCGAACUGGCGACCACCUUUGCAGACUGUUCAUUGCAUUAUGGAGGGCCUCUUGAAGCAAGCAUGUUUUUGUUAAAAACCGGGGGAAAGCCUAAGCUUCCUGAAUUUGAAGAGGUUAUCCCUGGCCUAUGUUUUGGCUCUCGAAACAGCUUGGACGAAGCAAUGAGCUUAGUUAAGAAAGGGGUUCUUAAGUCUGAGGAUUUCCGAUUCUUUGUUGGUUAUGCUGGGUGGCAACUAGAUCAAUUACGGGAAGAAAUUGUUUCCAAUUAUUGGCAUGUUGCUGCAUGCAGUACUAACUUAUUAUUGGGCGAUUCAUCGCAAGGUUUAUGGGAAGAGAUUUUGCAACUUAUGGGCGGUCAGUACUCAGAGCUCAGUCGAAAGCCAAAGAAAGAUAUGUAGAUGUGCUUUCUUGUUUACGGCUAUCGGAGCUGCUGGAUUGAAUUAAAAGUUGUGUGUAUGUUAACAAAAUGUACAUAGAUGGGAGUAUAUCUAAUGGAGUUGUAGAUUACAUCUUGCAGAUAUUUAUACGUCUAUAAUGUGAACUGCAGUAUGAUAAGAACCUUCAUUUCAGAGACAUGGUUUUCGGUUCCAUGUUGAGUAUGUACAUUAUCUACUGCUAUUGUACUGUGACCAAAAUUUACGGUUAUCUUUACGUCGUGUGCUGCAAA